AUGAAUGAUAAUAGUCCCUAUGGAGGUUAUGAUUUAAACAUUCGGGAAUUUAAACCAGCAGAUAUUGAUGGUGUACGAAGUGUUUGCUUUAAACAUUUUCGUUCUUUAACUUUCCCUUCAGUAUUCUUUUAUAUAACUCAACAUGUCCCAGAUAUUAUUGCUUUAUUAUUAAUAGGAAAGGUAUUUUUAAGUUUUAAACAGCUUUUAUAUUCUUUAGUUUUAUAUAUUAUAUACCUAAUUGGAAGAUCUAGAUGGGAAGUUGAAUCAUAUAUUAGGAAUUGUACAGACUUAAGAAAUGUUCAUGAAAUGUAUAUGAUAUCACCUGGAUAUCACUUUUGGGUUGCAGAAUUAGUAAAAAGACCUUUAAAAAAACGUAGAAGUUUUGCAAAUGAACAAAAUACUACAAAAUCACUUAAUAAAGAAGAAAAUGAUGAUAAACAAACAAUUAAACCUGAAUCAAUUAUUGUUGGUUGUUUAGGUUUAGCUCCUUAUAGAGAUGAUCCUAAAAUAGCACGAUUAUUAAGAUUAGUUGUUGGUGUUGAAAGUAGGAGAAUGAGAAUAGGUACUAGAUUAUUAGCACAAAUGGAAAAUUUUGCUAAAGAAUAUGGUUAUAGAGAAAUACAUUUAUAUACGAAUAAUUUGAGUACUUCACCAAUAAAAUUUAUAGGGCAACAUGGAUAUCAGCUAGUCCAAGUAAUUAGUAGAGGUCUAAUGAGAGGUGAUUUACUUUUAUGGAGAAAAUCAUUUGAACGUAGUGAUGAAUCAUCUAUAAUUGAAAGAAAUAAUAUUGGUGAAAGAUUAGUUUUAGAUUAG